GGGCAUUUUUCUUGACUAAAGUCAUGCCAUCUGAGCCCUUUAAUUGGGACCCGAAUGACAGACGAAGUACAGAGAGCAGCAUCCCCCCGCUGUACAAACCCCUUGUUGCGCUGGAGCCGGACUGGAUGUUAACAUGUGCAAGACGAGCAGGCUGGCUGUGAAGACCGGCUUUCAAGCUCAGCGCGAAGUCAUUUCUGUCUAGUUGUACUAGUGGCCGCAACUAUUGGUUCACAUUGAAAAGUAAAAAAAACACUUAGCCUGUACUUGCAAAGCAAGGCGGCAGCUUGCAUAUAUAAAAGUCUUGACGGCCCUGGUUGAAAAUUAAAGAGGAUAAUCCUCCUUUGAAUUUGCACGUCCUCCGUGAAGUCGACCUGAGAGGAAUAAAUGAUCACUUCAACAAGACGGGUAUCGCCUGACAAACCUGAAUAUAGAAUUGCGUUCAGUCUCGACGAACCCUCAGAGUUAAAAGAUGUUGAGGACUUCCUUCAAACCUUUCCAGACCUCGAGCAGCAGUUACAGCCGCUGCUUCCGUGCCAGGCCCUGAAGGAGUCCGUCCAGGUGUACAAGGACCACUGCAAGAUGGCCAAGGAGUUCCACAAGGUCAAGACCGAGAUUGCCCUACUAGAGGACCGAAAGAAAGAACUGAUUGAAGAACUGAUGGAGGACGAGAAAGCCAGCGUGGAGAUUGCCCGUCUGGAGGAGGAAUUCCGAGUGCUCUCAGAGGAGAACCGCACUCUGGUAAAGGUCCACAGCCAGCGGCUGGAGACGCUCAGGGUGCUUAUCCAGAAGAGGCAGGGUUCUUCAUGACCUUUGCCUGCCCAGUGAUCCUCCCCAACUUAGGAGGUUCUCCUCUUAUAUGAAGGUCUACUGGGAUAACAUGUUCUGAAAUUUCUGUUAAGGGCAAUGAGGUCCCUACAUUUAUUUGGGUCCUGUCCUCAGGCCAAGGUCCAUAAGGUCCACUUGCUUGUGAACAAGCAGUUCCAAAUAGUGAAUAUCUCUCCUAGCUGUCAGCCGCAGACAUUAAAAAUGAUUUUUUGUUUCUGUUCAACAGUUGAGUACAUGUUGUGAUUAUACGCAGAGCUCUUCAGUGAGGACAGUUGAGUGUAUGUUGUGAUUGUACGCAGAGCUCUUCAGUGAGGACAGUUGAGUGUAUGUUGUGAUUAUACGCAGAGCUCUUCAGUGAGGACAGUUGAGUGUAUGUUGUGAUUGUACACAGAGCUCUUCAGUGAGGACAGUUGAGUGUAUGUUGUGAUUAUACGCAGAGCUCUUCAGUGAGGACAGUUGAGUGUAUGUUGUGAUUAUACGCAGAGCUCUUCAGUGAGGACAGUUGAGUGUAUGUUGUGAUUUUACGCAGACCUCUUCAGUGAGGACAGUUGAGUGUAUGUUGUGAUUUUACGCAGAGCUCUUCAGUGAGGACAGUUGAGUGUAUGUUGUGAUUAUACGCAGAGCUCUUCAGUGAGGACAGUUGAAUGUAUGUUGUGAUUAUACGCAGAGCUCUUCAGUGAGGACAGUUGAGUGUAUGUUGUGAUUGUACGCAGAGCUCUUCAGUGAGGACAGUUGAGUGUAUGUUGUGAUUAUACGCAGAGCUCUUCAGUGAGGACAGUUGAAUGUAUGUUGUGAUUUUACGCAGAGCUCUUCAGUGAGGACAGUUGAGUGUAUGCUGUGAUUAUACGCAGAGCUCUUCAGUGAGGACAGUUGAGUGUAUGUUGUGAUUUUACGCAGAGCUCUUCAGUGAGGACAGUUGAGUGUAUGUUGUAAUUAUACGCAGAGCUCUUCAGUGAGGACAGUUGAGUGUAUGUUGUGAUUAUACGCAGAGCUCUUCAGUGAGGACAGUUGCUCAUAGAGUGUAUGUGUACAUUUUCGUAUUGAGUUAGAAGUUUCUAGGAAAGUAUAAUGUCUGAUCUACAGUGUUGUGAAACUCAGUACUAGCAUGUCCUAUUUCAUUUUACAUAUUUUCAUUUUCUAUUAAGGGUUAAAUGAAGGGUCAAAACAUAUUACUGGUUUGUAUCUAUCUUAAAGCAGACAUUUAUGAAUUGGUAAAUAAAACACAUUAAAUGUUACGAGAUGUU